AAUUAAUUUGUGAUAAUGAAGAAUUUAUCAUGUGCUGUUUGUGGCAAGAAAUCCUCGCAGACAUGUAGCAACUGUAAGAACAUUUACUACUGCAGUCGGGAACACCAGGUCGCCCAUUGGAAGGAAGUUCACAAAAAGGAAUGCAAAUGUUAUGAGGUUGCCAUAAACGAUUUGCUUGGUCGUCACUUACGUGCCAAACGUAAUAUUAAGCCUGGUGAAAUCAUAUUGCGAGAAUCACCACUUAUAUACGGACCAAAGAUAUCAUGCGCACCCACUUGCUUAGGUUGUCACAAACUACUACCAGAUCCUAAACCUCCGCAGAAAAAUUAUUACAAAUGCAGCAAAUGUACAUGGCCGCUGUGCAGCAAAGCUUGCGAAAUCUCCCCGAACCACGUGGAUGAGUGUCAGCUUAUGUCAGCGCGCAAAUUCGAAAGCAAACUCAACUAUAAUUCGGCGAACCUGAACUCCACGACGAUGGUACCCGCUUAUUGCAUUAUAAUGCCACUUCGUUGCAUUUUAUUAAAGAAUAAAAGCGCGGAGCUGUUCGAUAAAUUUGCCGAACUGGAACAUCAUCUACCGGAGCGUAUCGGUACGCCACUGUACAAUGUACUACGCGCUAACUUAAUAACAUUCAUGCACAGAAUAAUGGGGCUGCACGAGUGGAGUGAGACCGAAAUCCUACGCAUUGCGGGACGCAUUGACACUAAUGCGUUUGACGUACGACAAGAGAGCAAUGCAAUACGCGUACGCGCCAUAUAUCCAGCUGCCGCGAUGAUAUCUCAUGACUGCAUAUCCAAUGCGAGACACACGUUUGAUGACAACAUGCAAAUCGUUUUUAUCGCCAAAACUGCAAUUGCGAAAGGUGAAAUUAUUGCAACUUCUUAUACGCAACCACUGAAGUGCACAUUGUUGCGGCGCAUCCAUCUAGCGCAAGCCAAGUGUUUCGCCUGCACUUGUCAACGUUGUGCCGAUCCACUGGAGUUAAAUACAUUUGCAGGAUCGUUUGUGUGUAAGAAAUGCAAGAUUGGAAAAUUCAUUUCCACCAAUCCAUAUGACAAUGACGCAAAAUGGACCUGUCAAAUUUGUCAGGAUCCAAAAACUGCAAUGCAAAUCCUUAAAGGCUAUGAAGCAUUGCAGAAAGAAAUCGAUGGAUGUAAUAAGACCAGCAUUACUCAAUUUGAAGAUUUUAUUUAUAAACACCGCGCUGAUCUUCACGAGAAAAACACUUAUGUGCUGCAAGUGAAAUAUGCUUUAACGCAACUUUAUGGCAAAGCUCUCACUUCGGCCAGUGAUCCUAGUGAAAUUGAUGAAAGUCAUAUCAGCAGACAAAUAGAAUUAUGCCGCGAACUACUGGAUUUAGCAGAUUUGCUAGAUGGUGGUUGGAGCAUAUUUCGUGGAAAUUUACUCUUGGACUUACAAUGGGCAUUAUUUAUAGCUGUCAAGAAAAAUUUACUAAACAGAGAUAGAAACCUCAAGGAAUCGAAAUUGCUUCUGGAUGAAGCAAAGGAAAUUAUGAAAUUAGAACCAGGAAUGCAAGAAAAAUUAAAAAAUCGGGAAGAAAGUUUACAGAAUUUGCAAUUUUAGAUAAACAAAUUUAUAUAACAAAAUUUCUGAUAUGAUAUUAGUUUUUGAUUUUUAAAAUUUAGAAAAU